AGCCAAACGCGUCUUUUCAUUGCACUUCACCUCAGAAUUAAUCCAAACUAAUUGCUAUUUUGCUCCGGGCUGCCAAGAGGCGUCUCGGGAACAUCCUGGUUUCGUGAAUCACACUUGCUCUCACAUUUAGGUGCCACAUGUUAAAGAAAUGUUUGGUGUCCCAGAGCGUGCUGUCGUCACCGGUCAGCUCCCCAGCAGCCUCCCACAAGUGAAGGGCUCCUCGCUGAAGGGCUCAACAGUUCAACUCUGGACGAGCGGAGAGGAGGAGGACUCGGCGGAGACACACGCUCCCCUCCGAAGAUUCCUCUGUGCCAAAAACCUGGUGAAGAAGGACUUCUUCCGGCUUCCUGAUCCCUUUGCCAAGGUGGUUGUGGAUGGUUCAGGGCAAUGCCACUCUACAGACACUGUGAGGAACACACUUGACCCCAAGUGGAAUCAACACUACGACCUAUACAUCGGCAAAUCGGAUUCCAUCACCAUCAGUGUAUGGAACCACAAGAAGAUCCACAAGAAGCAGGGGGCCGGGUUCCUGGGCUGUGUCCGCCUUCUGUCCAAUGCUAUCAACCGCCUCAAGGACACAGGCUACCAGAGACUCGACUUAAACAAGCUGAGUCCCAAUGACAGCGACACAGUUAGAGGCCAGAUAGUGGUGAGCCUGCAGUCUAGGGACCGGAUAGGCACAGGAGGCCCCGUGGUGGACUGCAGUCGGCUGUUUGACAAUGAUCUUCCAGAUGGCUGGGAGGAGAGGAGGACCGCGUCUGGCCGAAUUCAGUACUUGAACCACAUCACACGCACCACACAGUGGGAGAGGCCUACCAGACCUGCAUCAGAGUACUCCAGCCCUGGCCGGCCUCUCAGCUGCAUUGUGGAUGAGAACACACCCAUCAGCACGAAUGGGGCCACACCCACCUCAGCCAUGCCGCCCAGUGACCAGCGAGCUCAGGAGAGACGAGUCCGCUCCCAAAGGCACCGCAACUAUAUGAGCAGAACUCACCUGCACACGCCUCCGGACCUGCCUGAAGGCUACGAGCAGAGGACCACACAGCAAGGCCAGGUGUACUUUCUCCAUACCCAGACAGGUGUCAGCACGUGGCACGACCCCAGAGUACCCAGAGAUCUGAGUAAUGUGAACUGUGAGGAGCUUGGCCCACUGCCCCCCGGUUGGGAGAUCAGGAACACAGCCACUGGCAGGGUCUACUUUGUGGAUCACAACAACCGAACCACGCAGUUCACCGACCCACGCCUCUCCGCCAACCUGCAUCUAGUCCUCAAUCCAAGUCCCAAUGGUUCCCGAGGAGGCAUUGAAAGUCAGAAUGUCAGCCGGCAGAACCAAUUGAAGGAUCAGGCCCAGCAGGCUCUGGUGUCCCCCAGUCAGCUCCCUGAGGAGGCAGAGUGCCUCACGGUGCCCAAGUACAAGAGGGACCUUGUUCAGAAGCUCAAGAUCCUUCGCCAGGAGCUGUCCCAACAGCAGCCCCAGGCUGGCCACUGCCGCAUUGAGGUGUCCCGCGAGGAGAUCUUCGAGGAGUCGUAUAGACAGGUGAUGAAGAUGAGGCCAAAGGACCUGUGGAAGAGACUAAUGGUGAAAUUUAGAGGUGAAGAAGGGCUGGACUACGGAGGAGUGGCCAGGGAGUGGCUCUAUCUGCUGUCGCAUGAGAUGCUGAACCCUUACUACGGUCUGUUCCAGUACUCCCGUGAUGACAUCUACACACUGCAGAUCAACCCUGACUCUGCUGUCAACCCUGAGCACUUGUCGUAUUUCCACUUUGUGGGCCGCAUCAUGGGCAUGGCAGUUUUCCACGGCCACUACAUAGAUGGAGGCUUCACCCUGCCCUUCUACAAACAGCUGCUGGGUAAACCCAUCACCCUGGAUGAUAUGGAGUCGGUUGACCCUGACCUGCACAACAGCCUCGUCUGGAUUCUGGACAAUGACAUCACAGGUGUGCUGGACCACACCUUCUGUGUAGAGCACAACGCCUAUGGGGAGAUUAUCCAGCAUGAGCUCAAGCCCAACGGCAAGAGCAUGCCCGUCACCCAGGACACCAAGAAAGAGUACGUCCGGCUCUAUGUUAAUUGGCGUUUCCUGCGGGGCAUUGAGGCGCAGUUCCUGGCUCUGCAGAAGGGCUUCAACGAGGUCAUCCCCCAGCACCUGCUCAAAGCUUUCGAUGAGAAGGAACUCGAGUUGAUUGUGUGUGGCCUGGGUAAAAUUGACAUCAACGACUGGAAGUCUAACACGCGACUGAAGCACUGCACCCCAGACAGCAACAUCGUCAAAUGGUUCUGGAAAGCUGUGGAGUCCUAUGAUGAGGAACGCAGGGCCCGGCUGCUGCAGUUUGUCACUGGCUCCUCUAGGGUGCCCCUGCAAGGUUUCAAGGCCCUCCAAGGUGCUGCUGGCCCACGGCUCUUUACCAUCCACCAGAUUGAUGCCAGCACCAACAACCUGCCCAAAGCCCACACCUGUUUUAAUCGGAUCGACAUUCCUCCCUACGAGCACUAUGAUAAACUGUAUGACAAGCUGCUCACUGCCAUCGAGGAGACAUGUGGCUUCGCCGUAGAGUGAGUCACUGAGGCAGGCAGGGGUCAGCAACGACCAGGAGCAACACAGCUUGGCCAUGAUCAGACCCCCGACUAAUCAGCCCACUCAGAUGGGGGAAAUCCAUGGCUGCCUCACCCAGGGACUCCCAUUCUUACUAGGGACAUGUGGCCAGGCCAAGGGUGGGCGGGCAGGCAGAGGAGACCAGAAAAUGUUGCCUGACUCUGUAUGAGUUUUCCUAGACGCCCCCUUAUUUUUUUAGCAUUAAAAAGGAUUUUUUUCAGCUGCUAAUAACUCAGACUAUUUACUAACUUGUGGAACCUGCAAAAAUUGCUGGCUGUUCCCUGUUCUUUUUUUUUUUUUUUUUUUUUUUUUGUAAGUUCAUUUUAGCAUUAAAAAAUAGACAGUAUUCCAUGUAGCAGUUCACCAUCUUACCAAGCAGAACAUAAAUUCAGUCCAUUCUGAAAUGAUUGCCGCGUUAACAAGACUGGUUUGCUAAGAGUACAGGGUUAUUGUUGGUUGCUGCAACCACUCAAACUCUUAUUUUGGAUGCAGAGUGCGCAUUAGGGCUGUUUGGUGCCUCCUAGUGAUCAAACUGGGGCUAUCAGUAGCACCACGGCUGGACGGUGUGGUCUGCAUCCAAAUCAGAAGGCGAGGCUGGAGACUGUGUCCGGAGUUCGAUAGUGCCCUACUGUUUACAGCCCUCUCCAAAGACAGCAGCACAGGUCUCUGGUCCUGAGUUGCUGCCCAACAACCAGCGCUGCAUUCCCAGAAACCUAUUUCACAAGUUUGACAUCUAGUUUUGUUUAAAAAAUAAAUGAAUGAAUAGC